CACGGUUUUCCGUCAGCGUCUCCAUUCUCAACAUGGGUUUCCGUGAGACUUUGCAAGCGGCAGUGGCUCCAGGGCCGGACCGUAGAAUUCCUGGAGCUGUGGUGAUGGCAGCUGAUGCUUCUGGGAAAAUCAUCUACUCACAGGCUGAAGGGCAGACGUCGGUCGAUCCAGACGAGGCAAAACCAAUGUCGAUUGACACGACCUUUUGGAUAGCAUCAUGCACCAAGCUAGCCACGUCGAUCGCGGCAUUACAGGCAGUCGAGAAGGGACUCUUGGACCUCGACGCCGACAUAUCCAAGGUUCUGCCGGAAUGGAAGGAACCCGAGAUCUUGACAGGCUUCUCCGAUGCCGGCGAGCCUCAGCUGAAGAAAGCCAGCAAAAAGAUCACGUUGCGUCAAUUGCUGUCACACUCGAGCGGGAUGGGCUACGACUUUUUGAAUCCGGAACUAGCAAAAUGGAGACAGUUCAAAGGACAGCCGAUCGGUGCCUCGGGGGAGCCUCUUACGAAAAGACAGUUCCUACCGCUAGUAUACGAGCCAGGAGAAGGUUGGUCAUACAGCGUCGCGAUUGACUGGGCAGGGAAAAUGGUUGAGAAAGUAAACGGAGGCGUCCGCCUUGGUGAAUACCUGAAGCGGCACAUCUGGGAGCCUCUGGGAAUGACUUCAACCGGCUUCCGAAUCGCAGAAAAUGAUCGGAUUCGCAACAACCUUUGUCCGACCACGAAACGAGAACUGACGGGUGAAUUGGCUCCUUCCGCGCCGUAUAAUCACCAGAACCCUGUGGAUGAUUUGGGGGGCGGAGGUUUGUACAGUUCUGCAGCUGAUUAUAUCAAGCUGCUGAUUUCGUUGCUGAAGAAUGACGGGACAUUACUGAAGCCAGAGACCACAAAAAUGAUGUUUGAGCCUCAGCUUGCGGACCCCAGACACCUGCUGGUUCACACGCAGAAUCCAAAGACUGGCGGAAUGUUCAGAAAUGGUGUCGAUUCUGAAUCCUGGAAUUUUGGACUGGGUGGCAUUUUGACCACCGCAGAGGUACCAGGUGUGUGCAAAAAAGGUACAAUGUCCUGGGGAGGACUUCCUAACUUGUUCUGGUGGAUUGAUCCAGUUGCCGGCAACUGUGGAAUAUACGCUUCUCAAUUACUCCCACCAGGAGAUCCGACCUCGAUUGCACUGUCUGUGGAGUUCCAUAAGGAGAUCUAUGCUUGCAGUAAUGGAAGUUGAUGGUGAGCGUGAUAGCGGUCAAUUCUAGCUGCGUUCACGCAGCUUUUGUAACGUGAAUGGGUCAAUCUCCAAGAUAGAAGCGGGGACGACUCCCUUCACAAGGCUCUUUGAUUUGAACUGCGUCAACGAGGAAUAAAUCAAUCGGAAAGCUGC